AUGACUGCCAUUCGAAAAUUCAACUCCUACUGUGAACGGUUAGAUUCCCUGUAUGACCCGAGUUGGGGGAUUCCACUGCCCGCCCCUCUUCCAACCAAACUUACAAAACUAUGUAACGACCCAAGAUUAAUGGAAGAUGUAUGGAUUACACCGUCGGUAGGAGAAGUUCCCCGAUGGUUGGAGGACUCACACAUCAGGGACGGUAUACGUGCACUCUUAAAGCGAGAUCAGUGCGAAGAAGAGCAGAUCCGCCUCAGCAUUGAGGCUGAUAAUCUUUGUCAUUUCUUCGGUGAAGCGUUUGCUGUUCCAUUACAGCAACAGCAUGCUAAUUUCGUCCGACUUCAAUCUCGAUGGUCCAACUCUUUGGCUUCUCCGGCAUGCUUCGUCAGCCAAGUCAACAAAGCACUGGAUGUUGCUACUACCCUCUCUGGAGCCUCGCGCAGCACAACACUUCUUUCCAUCAACAGUGGUACACUUGUGGCGCCAGAUCCUGAGGGUGGGGAUGAAUUUCCCCUCACUGAUCCUGACCAUUCCCCGCCCAUUGAUUCCGAACAAGCAGCACUUGCUGAUGUUCUGGAGGGUCAGGUGGGCAUACUGGAGUUGGAUGACGAUGAUGACUCAACAGAUUACGGACGUGAAGCUAAUGCUGUUAUUUGUUGGGAUCUUCCUGAGAAUCUUCUUGUGGAUGACUUUAAUGUUCCAUUGUGCAUUCCAAUGCGUGAACCCGGCAUUCUCAUACCUGGUAAAAUUGUCGCCCGAGUACGCCCUAGCUCGCACGAUGGUAUCCCUCGUCAGAUAUUUGACCCUAGGGAUAUCGGCUUCCUUAGUUCUCCCACAGCAUGCCUGAAUGAUCUCAAGACAUCGGGCGCACAAUGUGCAAUCCUCUCAACCCACGAUCUUCCCCACAUUCGUUACAAUGCGCCAGACAAUGUCAUCUGGCACAAUUCAUCAUGGGUUCGUUAUUGGGAAAAAGAUAUCUGGGUGCUUCCCAUUCAUCGUCCGUUGGGCAUUGGGCACUGGGUGCUAUGUGUCAUCCGCCUAUCCAACAAAGAACUUCAUCUUUUUGAUAGCCUGGGUAAUAGGCAGCCUUGGCAAAAUGAUGUUAAAGAUAUCAUGAGACUAAUUGCUUGGUUCCUUGCUAUCGCAUGCCAACACCAACAUCGUGUUAAUAUUGACCUUGAAGGGUGGGUUGCUCGACCGUUGAACGUCCAAUGCGUCCAGAAUAAUGAUUUUGACUGUGGUGUAUGGGUUUUAGCAACGAUUUUUGCUGUUGUACGCAGUAAACAUAUUAUGGGAGUACUUGAGCAGGACAUGGUCAAUCUGUGA